AUGCCUGCUCCAGUUGACCCAACCAACUUGUCUAUUAGACAAAAGAUGGAAGAAUUAAUCCGUCGUAAACAAAAAGAAAUUGUUGCUGCUUUAGAAACUCAAGAAGGUAACAAAUUUCGUGCUGACACUUGGUCCCGUGGUAACGACGGUGGUGGUGGUACCUCCUGUGUUAUCCAAAACGGUACUACCAUUGAAAAGGGUGGUUGUAACGUUUCCGUUGUUCACGGUACUUUAACCCCAGAAGCUAUCAAAGCGAUGAAGAACGACCACAAAGACUUAAACUUACCAAUUGAUGAAGCUACCGGUUUACCAAAGACCGAUGGCGUUAAGUUUUUUGCUUGUGGUUUGAGUAUGGUUAUUCACCCACACAAUCCACAUUGUCCAACUACCCAUUUGAACUACCGUUACUUUGAAACUUGGAACCCAGAUGGUACUCCACAAACCUGGUGGUUCGGUGGUGGUGCUGAUUUAACCCCAUCUUACUUAUACGACGAAGAUGCUGAAUUUUUCCAUAAGACUCAUAAGGACGCUUUAGACAAGCACGACAAAGAAUUAUACCCACGUUUUAAGAAAUGGGCUGAUAAAUACUAUUUAAUCACUCAUCGUGGUGAAACCAGAGGUAUCGGUGGUACUUUCUUCGAUGAUUUCAAUGAAAAGGACCCAGAAGAAAUUUUAAAGAUCUGUGAAGACGGUUUUGAUGCUUGGAUCGCUUCUUACAUCCCAAUUGUCGCUAAGAGAAAGGAUAUGGAAUUCACUGAAGAACAAAAGCAAUGGCAAGCCAUUAGACGUGGUAGAUACGUCGAAUUCAACAUCAUGUACGACAGAGGUACCCAAUUCGGUUUAAGAACCCCAGGUUCUCGUGUUGAAUCAAUUAUGAUGACCUUACCAGUUCACGCUUCUUGGUUAUAUGACCACCACCCAGCUCCAGGUUCUGAAGAGGAAAGAUUGAUUAAGGCUACUACUGUUCCAAGAGAAUGGGCUUAA